GCGAGAUGAAAAAGUGCGUGUCUGCAUCGGACAAAGUGAUGCAGCCUCGCUUGCACUCCUCGCAGUAACUCGUCGAGACACACACACACACACACACACACAGAAGUGCGAGGAGGAGGAGGAGGAGAGGAGCCAGAGGACAAAAAGUGCGGACAGCAAUGGUGACAAGCUAACCGCAGCGAGAGGAGGACGACGGCGGCUUAAGCAGUGAGAGACAUGCGGGGGGAGAACACGGCUGUUUAGCCUCCAACACACCCCAGCGGUCACUUACAAGUACCUGAAGUCCUGCUAACCUGUCAUUACGUUCGUAUUUACACCGCGACAAGAGACUUAAGACAAAAGUUGACGGUGUUCGGCGUGGACAGGGCGGCUACACGAUGCGUGUAAGCCGGACAAAGUGGCUCCCGUCGGCCGCGCUGCUAAUCCUGCUGGUCGCUCGUUGCUCCCCUAGUAGUAUCUCCCUGUCACACCAAAAGGCAAACCAGUUCCUGAGCAGACAGCGAAGAGCUAAUCAAGUGUUCGAGGAGACUAAGCAAGGACACUUGGAGAGGGAGUGUGUGGAAGAGAGGUGUUCCAAGGAGGAGGCCAGAGAAGUGUUUGAAAAUGACCCCGAGACUGACUACUUCUUUCCCAAGUAUUUAAAUUGUUUGGAGAAGUUUGGAGGUUCAGCAAAGAAGAAACAUGAUCUGAUCACAUGUGUCCACAACAUUCCAGAUCAAUGCUCCCCUUCGCCCUGUAACUCCAGAGGCACCGUGCGCUGCGAGGACAAAAAGGGUUCCUUCCUCUGUCACUGUUUUUCAGGUUGGACAGAGGCCUUUUGUGAUAAAGAUGUUGACGAGUGCAGCAAUAGGAACGGAGGAUGUGACCACGAGUGCAGCAACACGAUGGGGAGUUACCACUGCUCCUGUCAGCCAGGUUUCAUGUUGCGGGGACACCACAUGUGCGUUGACGUGGACGAGUGCAAAGACCUUGUUAACGCGUGCGGAUCGGCUCACUGUGAGAAUAACCAAGGAGGCUACGAAUGUCUGUGUGACCCUGGCUACGUUUUUGACAAUGGGAGCAAGAGUUGCGUGGAUGUAGACGAGUGUGAGGCAAGUGUGUGUGCGGAAGAAUGUGUCAACACUCAGGGGAGUUUCCGCUGUUUGUGUGACGGUCGUCAGGGCAUGAAGCUGGAACAGGACCUCAGGAGCUGUAAGGCUAUAACUCCUUGUAUCACAACGGCUCUAAAGAGGAACUCUCGCUCUCUCUAUCUGGGUCGCAUGUUCAACGGCUUGCCGGUGAUGAGGCUGCGCUUCCGCCGAAGGAUUAACACUGGUUUUUCUGCAGAGUUUGAUUUCCGCACCUACGACUCAGAGGGGGUGAUCUUCUUUGCCGGAGGUCACCUGAACAGCUCCUGGAUAGUGCUCGCAAUUCAUCACGGCAAACUGGAGCUGCAGCUGAAGUACGGCAUGGUCAGCAGGGUCACCAGCAGCGGACCCGUCGUCAACGAUGGCCAGUGGAGGAAGAUUUCGGUAGAAGAGCAGGGGCGGAGUCUUGUCAUCAAGAUUGACAGGGAGGCAGUCAUGAAGAUUGCGGUGAACGGUGAUCUGUUCACACUGAAGAAAGACAUGCAUGAGCUCAACCUGACUGUGGGAGGAGUCCCUUUUAAGGAAAGCAGCCUCGUUAGCAAGGUGAACCCUCGUCUGGACGGCUGUAUGAAAGAGUGGCGCUGGAUGACUGGAGAAGACCGGUCGAUGCAAGAAAGCAUAAUGACAAAUGAAAAUAUUCAGUGUUUUAGCACAGAGAAUCCGGGAGCGUAUUUCCCUGGCACAGGCUUUGCUCUCUUCAACAUCAGUUAUGAGUCACAGAACCUGAGUGUCCAGUUAACUCUUUAUCCAACUACUGCUAUCGGGGUGCUCUUCGCUCUCGUUCAUGAAGAUACUGUCCCUCUCUCCAUCUCUCUGGCUGACUAUCACCCUGGUACCGAUGAGUGGAGAGACUUUGUUCUGGUAACAGCACGAGGCAUGAUCCUUGCCAGCUCACCAGCGCCCCUCUGUGAUGGCGAGAGUCAUGAAAUCGAAGUGAAGAUCUCAGGCAACCGCACCCAGCUCUUUGUCGACGGGGUGCCUGGACGUAGCGAAGAUGCAGAGGUCGACCUUCUUUCUUCGUCCAGCACCUUCAUUGGAGGCCUCCCUGAUGUUCCCCUGGUUUCCACACUGGUGUCGGCGCCCUACAGCGGCUGUAUGAAGGUCACAGUGAACAGACAAACUCUGGACCUGGACCAGGCGAUCCAGAAACACAACGAAAUCCGCUCCCACUCCUGCCCCCUGCUGGAUUCAAACCAGUGACCUUGCACAGCGCUCUGCUAAAGCAAAUCCGGAAGCAGGAGAGAUUCUUUCCAGAAUAUUUAUAAGAUCAAGCCUUGAGUAGUGAGGAGACUUAUUAGAUUGAAAUGUCACAAAAUCUAAAGCAGGUGUUGUGGUCACCCUGUUCCUUUCUCUUGACUGACAAUAGUGCUUGCUGCCUGGAGGUACUAUAGCGAAGACAUUUUGCAUAUCUUAAAAAAAAAUAAUAAGUCGACAAUGUCCACUUCAUCGGUCAUAAAACAGCGGAUGAAAUUAUUCGUCUGUCACAUCACCUUAUAAGCCCUCAAGAAUAUGUGAGGCCCAGUCCACCUGGUGUUACAAAACAAAAGGUAGGCUGAAUAUCUUGUGGUCCUGUUUUGCUUGCUACAAUGUUAACGGUGACCCAAAGCAGCGUACUGUCCAACUUGAUUUUCAUCCACUUGUUUUGUUUAUUCUCGAAAUCCUUUGCACAUUGUUGCAGGUAGAUGUGGUAUGCAACAUGAAGCCAUAGUCACAAGUCACUCCACCUGCUCCAUGUCUACCUGCUACCUUAAAAAAAAAAAAAAAAAUCUACCUUGUGCCUACUUCAGCGCUCUAAAAACUGUGAUAUCUGUCACAGCUACAACACCCUGAUCUCUAAAUGACAGCCAACCCAAGGUGCACUUUUCAUUUCCGAUUGUGCACAGAGGCCUCAAAUCUUGUAUUUCAGAACCACCUUACUGCUAAAGACACCAUAACCUGGUCCGACAAUGACAGAUUCAUCACAGAAACCCAGGGAAGGAGGAAGAGGCUGAAUCUGCAAUAGAGAGAGGGCACUGUAUCCAAAGUAUCCUACAAGCUACUGAGAGGAAUACAAGUGCGCUGUAUUAUACUGAGUAUGUAAAUAAUGUGACUGUGCAAUGCUUUAUAGAAGGACAGAAACCCAUCAUACUAUAGGUUCACUGAGGUAAUCUUUGCAUCAAAGUUAAACAAAAAACUUAUAGUCUCAACUUGCUGUUCUUCAUCCCAAAUAGAGCUGUGAUUCUCUCAAAAACAUGAUUAAGAGCAAUAGUCAGAAACGUAUUAGAAUGUUACAAAUCAUUCUUUAAUUCUUCAUUUUGUAGGUGCUGAAUAAACCAAAAUACAGAAAAAACAAAGAAUGCGAGACUGGAGCAUUGUGUUUAUCCAAAGGGCUCCAGUGUUAUUUUGGCUUGUACCAUUUUAUAGGUUUCUCAUGAAUGAAUGCCAGGAUACCUGGAUACUUUUUUGUGCUUUUUUUUAAUUAUUUUUUUAAAUCAUGUGUUGUAAUUUUCAAUGAUUUUCUUUUUUUUAUCAGCUCAGUGUACAAUGCUACAAUUUUAAGUUUUAGUAGUCCUGGGUGAAAGUUGUAUUUAAAAGCAAAAUAAAGACAGUUCUAUGAG